CCCCCCCCCCGCCACUGCCAGCCCCAUCAGGCAGGUGCAGCCGGGUCCCAGGACCUGCCGGCCCCCAGCCCCCCCAGCUGAGGCUUCUCAUUGCCAGCCCUGUUCUGCCAGCCCCGUGGGAGCGAGAGCUCCUGGCUCCCCACCCCGCCGAGUAGGGUGGGACCGAUACAGUUUGCGCUCGCCUGGGGGGUCCUUCCCACUCCUCCGCUCACUCCUGCCUCUCUCCGACCCCCGCACGCCCUGGGCUCCUCCAUGUAUGACGACUCCUAUAUCCAUGGCUUCGAGGACUCCGAGGUGGGCUCAGCCGAUUCCUACACCAGCCGGCCGUCCCUGGACUCAGACGUGUCCCUGGAGGAGGAGCGCGAGACGGCCCAGCACGAGGUGGAGAACCAGGCACAACAGCAGCUGGAGAGGGCCAAGCACAAGCCGGUAGCGUUUGCCGUACGCACCAAUGUCAGCUACUGCGGGGCCCUGGAUGAGGAGUGCCCGGUGCAGGGCUCCGCCAUCAACUUCGAAGCCAAAGACUUCCUGCACAUCAAGGAGAAAUACAGCAAUGACUGGUGGAUCGGGCGGCUAGUGAAGGAGGGGGGGGACGUCGCUUUCAUCCCCAGUCCCCAGCGGCUGGAGGCCAUGCGGCUGAAGCAGGAGCAGAAAGCCAGGAGAUCUGGCAACGCCUCCGGCCUCGGGGACCCCAGCAAGCGGCGAUCACCUCCCCCGUCCUUAGCUAAACAGAAGCAAAAGCAGGCAGAGCACAUCCCGCCCUACGACGUGGUUCCCUCCAUGAGACCAGUGGUGCUGCUGGGCCCCUCCCUGAAAGGAUAUGAGGUGACAGACAUGAUGCAGAAAGCGCUCUUCGACUUCCUCAAGCACAGGUUUGAUGGCAGGAUCUCCAUCACCCGCGUCACCGCCGACCUGUCCCUCGCCAAGCGCUCCGUCCUCAACAACCCGGGCAAGCGCGCCAUCAUCGAGCGCUCCGCCACCCGCUCCAGCAUCGCCGAGGUGCAGAGCGAGAUCGAGCGCAUCUUCGAGCUGGCCAAGGCCCUGCAGCUGGUGGUGCUGGACGCCGACACCAUCAACCACCCGGCCCAGCUGGCCAAGACCUCGCUGGCCCCCAUCGUGGUCUACGUCAAGGUGUCCUCGCCCAAGGUGCUGCAGCGGCUGAUCAAAUCUCGGGGCAAGUCGCAGGUGAAGCACCUCAACGUGCAGAUGAUGGCGGCCGACAAGCUGGUGCAGUGCCCGCCGGAGCUCUUUGACGUGAUCCUGGACGAGAACCAGCUGGAGGACGCCUGUGAGCACCUGGCCGAGUACCUGGAGGUGUACUGGAGAGCCACACACCACCCGCUGCACCCGCUGGGCAGCCAGCCCCUCCUGACGCCGCCCGCCGCCAUCCCGGGCCUGCAGAACCAGCAGCUGCUGGGGGAGCGGGGUGGGGAGCACUCCCCCCUCGAGCACGACAGCCUGAUGCAGUCGGACGAGGCGAGCGAGACCUCCCGCAAGCCCUGGGCGGCCGCCUCGCAGCGCAGCUCCCAGCCCCUGGAGGACGAGUACCCGGACCCCUACCCGGAGCUGUACCAGCCCCACCGGCACCACAACAGCGGCCUGCACAGCGCCAACGGGCACGACUCGCAGGACCGGCUCCUGCAGCGCGAGGCCGAGCAGACCCACAACGACAGGAACUGGCAACGCAACCGGCCCUGGGCCAAGGACAGCUACUGA